CGAUACUGUUCCGCAGACCACGUCCGGUUUUGAAGUUUGACCUCUUUUCAUACGUAAACACGAGUUCAGUGUUGUGCUACUGGCAACUUUUUGCGGAUGUUCCACCGGAAAUAGAUGACAUGACAAUUUGGAGCUAGUUUCGGGACCGGAACGAACUUUCCAUUUGGAUAAUGGCGAUUAUAGUGUAUCUUAGUGUUUGAUACAUACGUUUAAAAUGUCAGCCACACGGCGGUUUUGUUAUCGACACCGAUGGACAGACUUUGUGAUAUAUAUUAUAAUUCUAAUAUGUUAUAGUUCAGCUGAAGACGUUAAAAGUGAUAUAUCUAGAAAACUAAAAUUCGUAGAUUCAGUGACUGGUCGUCAUUUUAGUGAUGUUUACCAAAAUGGUACGUUUAGAACUGGUAAUGGUUUGUGGGACAAUAUUUUAAAUAAGUGCGCAGUAAAUCCAUCGAUCAGUUGUUUGCAAAAUAACUUUUAUUCGUAUUUAGAUGAGAGUUUAGAUUUCAAUGGUGAUGUUAAUGUGGCAAGUGGUGUGAGUUUUAGGAAGAAUAGUGUGGAUAUGAAUAAAUUUAGUAAAGAAGCUAAUAUAAUUUACCUCACUGGAAGCAAUGAUAGGCAGGAUGAGCGGUCGUUUGAUGCUGAAAAUGAAAUUGAUGACGAGGAAGAUUCAGAAACACCCUUAGAAGAAGUCACUGAUGCCUUAUACAACAAGGGUGUGAAAUUCCUCAUGACUCAUGACAUGAAGCUUACACUCCCCGAAGUAAUGUUCCACGGGGCCACUCUGAAGGUCUCUCCAAGGGCAUUGACGAAGACCGGAGCACUAGUACACAUAGAUCUGGAGCCAAAGGAAAAUGGUGAAGGACGGCUGUUCUUCCAUAAAAUAAAAAAGUACCUUAGAAAGAAGCUGAUUAUGGCAGCCCUAGCUAUUAUAUUGGUCAUCAAGCUGAUAGCACUAAAACUAAUAUUCGUACUGCCCAUAGUUUUAGGGGUGACUACGGCUAAGAAAAUGUUCCUAAAAAUGCUUCUUUUCAUGUUCCCGGCCUUAAGUCACAUAUUUAAACUGUGUUCGUGGUAUCACCAGAAUUACCAUACUACAAAAUAUCAUCAUCACCAUCACUUGAUCACUCAUCAUCAUAAGACCCCUCACGGACACCCGCCCCCUACUGUUUACGGCCCUCCUUCUCACGGGUCGGUAUUGGUCAAGCCCCACAUAGAGACCCAUGGACCCAGCUUCGAGCAUUACCCCCAAGAUUGGGAGCUCUCUGGACCAGGACUUGGAAGCGAAUACCUAUCAGACAUCCACCGGAAUGCGAUAGCCAAUUUCAAGCCGCAAGUAAAUGACGGAAAUGAUAUCAAUUCCUGGGGUCUUGGGCUUCCUCCAGGUUCGGGCUCAUUAAACGCAGGAGAGUAUGCUGGUAGCAGUAACGUCCCGAACGCAGUACCUCCGCCUCACGGGAAUAAUGUUCCUAAUAAUAAUGGCCGACCUGUUGGUCCUCCUGCGCAGGCUCCAAAUCCUUAUUAUAGGAAUAAGAAAAAUAAUCCACAGGAUCCGAUACAAGCUGAAAAGGAAGCAUUGAUCCGAGCUGCAACGCUAGCUGCCCACGCGCCGCCGUCUCCCGUUCGAGAUGAGUUAUUGCGCGUCUCUGCCGCUAAGCUGAAUGAAAACAAUCGGGUCAGAACUGAGACAGAGCUAGUCAGACAACAACAGGAAAUAUUGGCUGCCGAGGACCCGGAUACAAUACAGGCUGAGCAGUUCUACGGGACUUUAUUAGAAAAAGUAGAUGCCAUACUAACUCCACUAGGGGCGGUAGAUAUCGGAUGCAGAGAGAGAGUAAUUUGUGCCUUAUACAGAGAUCCAUUCAGACAUGCGCCAUAUAGUAAUUUAGUCUCCAAUGAGCUUAGCAAGGAUUCAAGCGAGUUAGUACCACCAGCUGACAGCAAGAUGGCGCUACGCUACUACAGAUACGUACAGGCGGCUAGAGAUGGGCAGGAGCAAAAAGAUUGUAUGAGUUUAUACCCCAACUGUAAUAUCAAUUAUAAUAGAAAGUAAUUAUCCCCACAUAAUCGAGAUUUUUGAUAACGCAAAAUUAAACUUCCGUAUGUCGAAUCUACUUUUUGACUUACGGAAGUCAUGCUUAGUGCUAAGGCUCAACUUUGUAUGUAGUUUGCCUUACUUAAUAUUUGUUCUGUCUAAUAUUGAACGCCACAGACUGACACGGAUAAAACAUUAAUUACUAUUUCAAUUUUAUGUAAGUAGGUAGGAAGGUAGGGUAGGUCAAAUUAAAAGAAAAUCUCCGUCCUGUUUGUAUUAAAAUAUAAUAGUACGGUCACUUUGUAACUUCCAAAUAUUGGCAUAUAUAGCGAGCUUACAUACAAAAACUGUCACUGGACAUAAUAUGAUAUGUUUGUAACGUAUGAGUUAUAAAGUCUAUGGAUUUAGUUUAAUUGUAGAGUAAAAGAAAAACCUCUAUGAAAGCACCCGAAGACUUAAACCCUACAUUGCGUAUAACAAAUAUUUCAGAACGUGAGCUAAUAGAAACAAGUAUAACCAAUUAUAGUUUAAAUUUUAUAAAAUUCAAUGUCUUCAAAAAAUGUAAUAGGGCCAAUUUAAUAGAUCACUUUUGACAUCUGUUUCCGUCCUUAAAACGACGCUUAAAGUGAAUGAAUCCAUUUAUACUUCGAAUAUGUGAAUCGAAUUCAGUUAGGAGUAAGUACUUAUAGCUACUGUAAUAUUUUUUAAUCGUGAGUUUAAGGAACUAAAAAGGACAGGUAUAAAAUUAAUU